AUGCUCUCGAUGUUGAUCGGUUUCACCAUUGACGAUCUUCUCUUGAUGUUGAUCGGAAAAUUGCAGAGGUGGAGGAUGAAAAGAGAUCUGUUCAGGUUGCUUGCUUAUGAAGGUGUUGAAGUCAUAAAUCCAGAAGGUGGUAAGGAAAAUGCAGAAGAGGAAGCUCAGAGAGGAAGGUGGAAAGACGAGGAACGUGAUAGUGGAAGAUGA